CAGAAAAUUGCAAAGUAGCUUCUGAAUAAAGGAAGACACUGCAGGAGCUCUGGUGUGGUCUCCACUACGGAUCUCUUUCGAGCCUCUGCAUAGCCACUCAUACCCCUUGCACAGGCGGAAAGGUGACAACAAUGCUACAAUGAGUUAAAGGCACAGCGGACACGUGUUUUAAUAAACUUUUUUAAAUUAUUCCUUCCCUGUGGAAGCGUCUUGGCACCUCCUGCUUCACUGAUGAUAUCCCAGAAUGCAUCCUGCUGUGAGAUCACACUGAGCGUGGAUUCAAUAACUCUGCUGCGGUACGUGAGGUCACAUGCUGAGCCAUCUUCUGGAAACCAGGACGUGCCAAGAAGAUUUCACAGAGGAAGAUAAGACUUCAUAAAAAGCAGAAGCAUCUAAGACAAGAAAGAAGAUCUGCAAAAGAUACAAGAUCUGUGGAUUGCUCUUCUGCGUACUGGUGAUUUUUCUUAUUCUGAUAUUUUUUGGUGUCAAAUAUUUCUGGAACCCGUCACCUAAAAAAAUAUACGAUAUGGAGCACACAUUCUUUAGCCAUGGGGAGAAAAAGAAGAUUUUGAUGGAAAUAGAUCCUCUAACCAGAACAGAGACAUUCAGAUCUGGAAAUGGCAGAGAGGAAAUUUUAGAAAUACAUGACUUUAAAAAUGGAAUAACCGGCAUCUUUUUUGGAGGACUUCAAAAAUGCUUCAUCAAAACUCAGAUUAAAGUAAUACCUGAAACUACGGAGGCUGAAAUACAGGAACCUGAGGAAGAUGAAGUGAUGACUACCUACUUUGAACAAUCCAUGGUCUGGAUUCCAGAGGAAAAACCUAUUGACAACAAAGAAUUCCUAAAGAGCUCCAAAAUUUUUGACAUCUGUAAAAAUGUGACCAUACACUGGAUCCACCCAACUCUGAUCACAGCUCCUGAGCUGCAUGACUUUGAAGAUGGAGUGGAAGAUGAUAUCCACUUCCUUGUGACCAAACGAGAUGGGGCUGAAAGACAGAAUGAGCACCAUGUGGAUAAGGAUGCGAGGCCAGGAACCAAACGCCGGGCCCGGCAGCUAACUGAAGAGGAUCUUCCCGUAAAUGACUAUACGGAGAACGGACUCGAGUUCCACCCCUUGUGGGAUGAACGAGGCUACUGCUGUGCUCAGUGUCGCCGUGCCAACCGAUACUGCCAGCGGGUGUGCGAGCCUCUGCUGGGCUAUUACCCGUAUCCCUACUGCUACCAGGGAGGAAGGGUUAUCUGCAGAAUCAUCAUGCCAUGCAACUGGUGGGUGGCACGCAUGUUAGGGAGAGUGUAGGGCCACACAACUGCUGAAGCAAUGGAACUAUAACCAAUGUAUGCCCUCGCUGUAUAGAGGGACCCUAUUGUACGCUGCCGCUCAGCUAGCCUCCCUGUAUUACAAGCCUGUAAAAUGCAGGCUGUUAACUCCUUGAUUCCUGCUGCAUGCUCCAGCCAUGCCUGGCUGAUCGCACCGUCUGUGCUGCUGUUCUAUUCUAUUCAAUACCGUGCUCGUCCCUGCAGCAUCUGAGCGCCUGCUGAGCACAGCAGGUGCGGCCUAACGUUCCCCUGCUUGCGGUGAAAUGUUCAUGGACAGCAUGCAAAGAAUGAAUAGGCAGGAUUGUAUCUGUGCUGUGCCCUAAGAAACGAGACAAACAAUAAACGUUUUCUAUGAGCAAUUGCAAAGAAAA